GGCCCACGCCCGGGGCCCACGCCCGGGGCCCACGCCCGAGGACCAGGCCGGGGCCCACACCCGAGGACCUGUCCCGAGGACCAGGCCCAAGGACCACGCCCGAGGCCCACGCCCGAGGACCAGGCCCGAGGACCACGCCCGACGACCAGGCCCGAGGACCACGCCCGAGGACCAGGCCCGAGGACCAGGCCCGAGGUCCACGCCCGAGGCCAACGCCCGAGGACCAGGCCGGAGGAUGAGACCCGAGGACCACGCCCGGGGACCAGGCCCGACGACCAGGCCCGAGGACCACGCCCGGGGACCAGGCCCGACGACCAGGCCCGAGGACCACGCCCCGGGACCAUGCCCGAGGGCCACGCCCGGGGACCACGCCCGAGGACCAGGCCCGAGGGCCACGCCCGGGGUCCACACACGAGGACCAGGCCUGAGGGCCACGCCCAGGGACCAGGCCCGAGGACCAGGCCUGAGGACCAGGCCCGAGGACCACACCCAAGGAACACGCCCGAGGACCACGCCCGAGGCCCACGCCCGAGGACCAGGCCCGAGGACCAGGCCCAAGGACCACGCCCGAGGACCAGGCCCGAGGACCACGCCCGAGGACCAGGCCCGAGGACCAGGCCCGAGGCCCACGCCCGAGGACCACGCCCGAGGACCAGGCCCGAGGACCACACCCGAGGACCACGCCCGAGGACCACGCCCGAGGACCAGGCCCGAGGACCAGGCCCAGGCCCGAGGACCAGGCCCAAGGACCACGCCCGAGGACCAGGCCCGAGGACCACGCCCGAGGACCACGCCCGAGGACUACACCCGAGGACCAGGCCCGAGGACCAGGCCCGAGGGCCACGCCCAAGGACCAUGCCCAGGGCACACGCCCGAGGACCAGGCCCGAGGACCAGGCCCGAGGACCACGCCUGAGGGCCAGGUCCAAGGACCACGCACGAGGACCACGCCUGAGGCCCAUGCCCGAAGACCAGGCCCGAGGACCACGCCUGAGGACCAGGCCCGAGGCCCACGCCCGAGGACCAGGCCCGAGGCCCACGCCAGAGGGCCACGCCUGAGGACCAGGCCCGAGGACCACGCCCGAGGACCACGCCCGAGGACCAGGCCCGAGGCCCACGCCCGAGGGCCACGCCCGAGGACCAGGCACGAGGAGCACGCCCGAGGACCAGGCCCGAGGACCACGCCCGAGGACCACGCCCGAGGACCAGGCCCGAGGACCAGGCCCGAGGCCCACGCCCGAGGACCAGGCCCGAGGCCCACGCCUGAGGGCCACGCCCGAGGACCAGGCCCGAGGACCACGCCCGAGGACCAGGCCCGAGGACCACGCCCGAGGACCAGGCCCGAGGCCCAUGCCCGAGGACCAGGCCCGAGGACCAGGCCCGAGGACCACGCCCGAGGGCCACGCUCGGGGACCAGGCCCGGGGACCACACCCGGGGACCACGCCCGAGGCCCACGCCCGAGGACCAGGCCCGAGGACCACACCCGGGGACCACGCCCGAGGCCCACGCCCAAGGACCAGGCCCGAGGACCACGCCCGGGGUCCACGCCCAAGGACCAGGCCCGAGGAUCACACCCGAGAUCCACGCACGGGGCCCACGCCCGAGGACCAGGCCCGGGGCCCACACCCGGGAACCACGCCCGGGGACCACACACGGGGACAACGCCCGGGGACCACGCCCGUGGCCCACGCCCGAGGACCAGGCCCGAGGACCAGGCCCGAGGACCACGCCCGAGGCCCACGCCCGAGGAGCAUGCCUCACCUG